GUCUUCCCUACAUUUAAAUUUUUAAAAUAUGCAGAUGAUUCCUUAUUGGCGCACAAACGCAGCGAGAGUUCCGCUCAGCACGUGCCGAGGCCGCGUAAUCUCCCGAAAACAUGAUGUGCGCGAGGAGAAUCUUGUCAGAUAAGAAGUGUGUUGACCUCCAUCAUCCCAAGCUGUGGCAGACGUGCUCACCGCCUUAACAUUUACCACGACUGCAUGGUUAGAUUGGAUCCAAAUGCCUUCGAGUCGAAUGGAGAGGGCAAAAGAGGAGUCAAAGCUCCCUGCUCCGUGUGUUUUGUGGCCUGUGGAGCUGAAGCUGACUCACAUUGACUGCAGUCCUGAGGACACACUGGUACACUUUCAGGGCCAAUAUAUGACCAUCUGUGAACUGGACUACAACAUUCUUCAAGUUGAAAAUCAAAAUGCUGUGAAAUCGAAAGUUUUUGUUAAAGUUGGAGAACUUUGUCUGGUUGAAGAUGCCAUGUCUGGUCACUGGUACAGAGGAAGAGUCCAAAACAUCCAGAAGGAUAUGUUCCAUGUGUUUUUGCUGGACCAUGGAGAUGUGUUGAUUGUUGGGCCCAGCCAUUUGUCCUGUAUAUCUGACACACUGCUUAUGCUCCCACCAAAGAUUGUCUGUGGUUUCUUUGCCAAUAUACUGCCAGUCCAGAACCGAUGGGACAGUUUGGCAGGGAGUUAUUUCUCUUCCUUGAUAGGCAGUCAGAUCAAAGGAUAUAUCCAUGCCCGUCUGCCGUACCAUGUCCUCAUACUUGAGGUUCCAGACAUUAAUUGUGACUUGUUAAAACUGAGGCUUGGUAGACAUGUGGACACUAGUACAUUUCUGCUACUAGUUGAGAUGUUUAUUGAGGAACCGAUUCCACAAAGCAAUGAAUCUGUCCCAGAUCUCUUGAUUGAAAAGCAAACGGGGCAAGAAUGUUGCCUCAAAUCCACAAGCCUGUUGGGCUUCGAAGAGAUUCUGUCACUUAAUGGCCCAAAGCUGAAAGUUGGUCAAAAAGCAAGAGUUAUUGUAGCUGCAGCCGUGAACCCUAGAUUAUUCUACUGUCGACUGUCAUCCAUGAGCAAGGACCUACAAGAAAUGUCAAACAAAUUGGCACGUGCAUGUGAAUCAGACAGUGGUUCCCUAAGCAAUAAACCUCUUGAAAAUCUCGGCUUGCUCUGUGCAGUCAAAGGGAAAGAUGAAAAAUGGCAUAGAGGAUUUGUGCAAUGUCUCCCUCUCAAAUCUCAGGUUCAAGUUGUGUUCGUCGACAGUGGCUAUAGUGAAUCGGUGAAAGUUGAAAACAUCCUUCAGCUACCAUCAGAAUUCCUCUCAACACCAAUCAUGGCAUUUCCAUGCUCCCUUUCAUGCUUUGAAGAGCAAUAUGAGACCAUUAAAAACCAACAACUAGAGCUUCUCAAGACUGGGUUGCUGGGUAAAGCUUUGGAGGUUGAAAUCAAUGACUUUGGCAAAGAUCAGAACUUCUACUUGGUCACACUGAGCAAUGCUGAGAAACACUCAGAGGAGCAAGCUGAAGUUGAAAGGGAAGUUUUUGACACCAAGCCUAACUUCCCCCACAAUGUCCAUGCAGAGAUUUAUGGAACAGAGAUGAAAGCAGUCCAGACUUCUGAUACAGUUCCUAGUGAAGCAAUACCUGGUGGUUCUCUUUUUGAGGGUUAUGUGGUGCAUGUACAGAGUCCAAAACAUUUCUGGAUAAGGACAAAAGAACAAAAUCCUAAUUUUGAAAACAUGACUAAAAAAAUGACUGAUUACUUCAACAAACUACAGUUGAAUGAGGAGGUUUUUGAAGACCCGGUGCCUGGUGCACUUUGCUGUGCAAUGUAUGAAAAAGACAUGCAUUAUUACAGGGCCCUUAUAGUAGAUACAUUGGAAAAAGGAGCUGAGGUUUUCUUCAUCGACUUUGGGAACACUGAAAAGGUGCCAAGCAUGUUAAUUAAGAAGCUCCCAAGAAAGUUUGCCAUUCAACCAGAAUUUGCACUGAAAUGUGCUUUAGCACAUGUCGUUCCAGUUGAAGACAUCUGGUCAACCACAGCAUCCAACUUCUUUAGGCAAGUCACGUCAGACAAAACUUUGAUGGUUCAUGUCAUUCACAGGAAAAAUGCCAAAUAUGUUGUUGAUCUUUUUGAAAGAGAAGCUGAAAAUAAUACUAGCAUUGCAACCAUCAUGACGACAGCAAAAAUGGCCCUGGAUUGGAGAUACAACCCGACAUUAGCAUCUGUUAAAGUGGAGACAUCAUGUAAAGAUAAGGGAAAUGCUCUUAGCAAGAAAAAAAUUAGAAAGAACAAUCAUGUGGUGACCUUUUGCAAAGUCACUUCUUCUAGGCCCAAUCCAAAGCAUGUGAAACCAGAGUGUGAACAACAGAAUGACGUUAAAAUAUGUACUCCCAGUGAGACCCCUAAACCGAAGGUCAUUCCUGCUGACACUUUCAAACCGAUGCAUUUCAAACCUGGAUCUGAAUUAAGUGUCAUUUGCUCACAUGUAAAUUCUCCAUCUGAUUUUUGGUGCCAAAACGAAAGCACAAAAUUUUAUCUGGAUAAACUGAUGGAAGAGAUGCAGGUGUUUUACCAAACGCACACAAUUGCAUUCAAGUCGCCUGCAGCAUGUUGUGCUGUAAAGUCUCCGCAGGACAACCGAUGGCAUAGAGCAUGCAGUUUAGAAGAAAAAAAUGAUAAACUGUAUGUGAUGUUGGUUGACUUUGGCAUAAUUAUCCAGGAAAAGAGGCAAAACAUCCAAGCUCUUGCCCCACAGUUCUUUGAACUUCAUGAACAAGCAUUUAGAUGCACUUUGAACUUGAUUGAACCUGUUGGAGGAAGUUCUUGGAGUGCAGAAGCAUGCAAUUUGUUCAGGGAUUUUGUGUCUAAGGAUUCGCCCAGUAUUUGCAGAAUUCAUUCCCACCUUUAUGAGCAAGGAAAAGGUCUCCUUAAUGUGGUCACCAUUCAUACACCUCUUCAACAGGCCAGCACAUUCCUUUUAGAGAAGGGCAUUGCAAAGGAAAUGCAAACUCCGAAGCAGCUAAUCUCAUCAGCCCACCCUCGCUCCUUUGUUUACUCUUCUUUCAACAUAAGUUCUGGAAGCGAAGAACUGGUACAUGUAACUCAUGUUUGCAGUCCUUGGGAAGUCUAUUUUCAGCUUGACAGGAAUACAGAGAUCCUUGAUACACUGAUGGAAAGAGUUGCCGAAGAAAGUCCACUCUUUACUAUGACAUCUAAGGACUGUAGCGGUAAUGUUUGCCUGGCCAAAUAUAUCUGUGACGGCAAAUGGUACAGGGCUCUGACGCACCCUGUUCAAUCCCACCAGCAUGUGAGUGUGUUCUUUGUUGAUUACGGUGAUAUGCAAAUUUCUGAGAAAACAAAUGUUAUGCCAAUUCCCACAAUGGCAGUUGACUUACUGAUGACACCAAUGCAGGCUCUGAGAUGCAGUCUUUUAAAUGUUCCAGAGGGGGAACAUUUGCCAGAAGUCAACGCAUGGCUCGAGACUGACAUCCUCAGUAAAUCCUUCCAUGCCAAGUUUGUUUCAAGGGACAACAACGGACAUUUUUUUUGUGAUCUUUAUGAUGGAAAUGUGCAUGUCAAUGAAAAAGUCAUAGAACUCAUGUCAACUCAGAGUGUGGAAGAACAUGAUCCUGCUGUCGGCAAACCUUCCUUAGAUUCCCUCAAACAAGCAGCCAAUGUUGACAUUUCAAACAGUAAAGUGAACAACAAAGUGAGCAGACGUGGUAAAAUCAAACAUGUUGCUAAGCAAACUCCAAAACCCACAAAAUCUCCCAAAGCAGAACGCAAAAGACCAAUAAAAGCAGUAAGGCAGGACACACCCUGUUCUCUUAAAGUGAUGCCGCCUCAUCAGAGCUUGCCAAAACUUUGGGAUCUCCCUGCUGUCAAAAUGACACCAGGUUCUAAGGGUGUGGGUUUCAUCUCUCAUUGCAAUUCUGUUAGAAACUUCUUCAUCCAGAUGGAGGAUGAUGAAACAAACAUCCUUCAUAUGGUUGAGGAAAUAAACAGCACUGUCUUCAAGGAUAACUUGAAAAAUGUGGAAACCGAAGUGAAAGUAGGGGACCUCGUUGUGGCGGAAUAUGAAGAAGACUUGGCUUUGUACAGAGCUGUUGUCACCAACGCAUCAUACUGUGGCCACUUAACAGUCGAGUUUAUUGAUUAUGGCAAUAAUGCAACUGUCGACAGGAAGAAUGUUCACAUGCUAUCCAAAACGUUUUUGUCUCAGCCUAGAUUGAGCACUCCAUGCACGCUUGCAAAACAUUACUCUUUUGAAAACGAUGACUCUUUUAUCAAGGAAGCAGUUGGUAAGCCUUUAAUGGUUGAAUUCAUUCGAAAGCUUGAAAAUUCAUGGGAAGUGAGUAUCGAGAUUGUUGAGGAUGGCCACGUGAAUGGGGAAUCAAAGUAUGAUGGUGAUCAGAGCAAAGAUGUAGAUUUGACGAGUCAAGACAAAUUUCCAAAAGUAUCCCAGAGCAAAAAUGAAACCGAUUCUUACAUCCACAAGGCUGAUGAAGUUAUAACCUUUCAGCAAAAUACCAAGCCAAACACACACUCACUUGUUAGCGUUGUUCUGCAAGAUGUGAAAGACAACGAGACAGUGAAAAGUGAAAAGUCACUUGUUGUUGAUGACCAUCCUCGCUUCCCAGACACGUCUUCAAAGAGCAGUUUGGAUCGACCGCAGACUCUGUUCCAGGCCCCUGUCCAAAUUAACUUUGAAUAUAAAGGAUUUGCAGCAGCAGUCACAACCCCGUCUGAGUUUUACGUCAUUCUUGAGGACCUGCUUUUGAUUGUAGAUACAGUCUCUGUCAUUCUUGAGAAUCUUCCCAAAAAGUUGGCGCCAUUACCAGAGGUUCAUUUUGUUCCAGGUGCGAGCUGUUUGGUGAAAUCAGUGGAGAAGAAAAAAUGGUGCAGGGCAGAGAUCGUGCAGUGCGAUUUCACAUCGGUGCUCAUGAAUUUGGUUGACUAUGGGCAGUAUGUAGUUCUGUCUCGGCAGGAUUUUGGCCAGCUAAAAAAACUUCCAGAGGAGCUCAGUAGAUUACCUAAAGUCACCUACCAUUGUUUACUGAGGGGAGUUAAGCCCAAAGGCCAGGACUGGUCUGAUGAGGCCAUCAUUUUCUUCCAGAACUGUAUGUGUCAUAGCAACCUUCAGAUACGUUUCAGACAGCGUGUUUUUGAGACACAGUGGGAGGUUGAUGUUGUCACUGGAAAGCGAAAUCUCGCAAAAGAGCUAGUAGAUGCUGAUCAUGCCAUGUAUAUCGAUAAUAUGCUUGGAAUCAGGUUUCAGCAAGAGCUAGGACCCAAUAGAGAGCCUAAACAAGACUUCACCAGCAGUGUGAAUGUUUUAUCCAUGAUAACUGAGCUCACAAGCAAAGCCGAAUGUUCUCAACCACUCUUUUCAAAGGAGUCCAUGUUUGAUCAAAAGUCAUCUCAAGAGUCUGUUGGGGAGCAAAAUGCACACCCUUUGAACAGGAGUGAAGAUCUUGGACCUGUGGAGCGGGCAACGCUUAGUACAUCAGUUAUCAAACAAUGUGAGUGAGAAUGAUGAUAAACCAACUAUGAUCUAUUGUAUUAAUUUAACCUUCUUUUCUGACCUUACGAUCUGCAGUACAUAGACUACCAGUCAAAUGUUUGGACACACCUACUCAAUUCUUAAUUAGGGGUUAAAUACUGAAGAAAGUUACCUUUUAGAUGGUUAUGGUGUUUUC